AUGCUGGACGAUCGGAACCGGACGAUGUCGAGUCAGCAAUACGUUGGAGAAGGCGCCUGGAAUCGUGGAAGCGAUAUCAUGGCUUGGGAAUGUCUGCUUGGGGAGCAGCGCGGAGGUGGUCGGGUUAGCAGCUAUGCCGCUCCGGGUCGAGCAUCUGACUUAACCGCCUUGCCAAAGGUCAACAUCGACGUUGGAGCAGCGGACUUUCGGGAAGAGGAUUUCGCUUAUGCGUCGGUUUUAUGGAAGUGCGGUGUACAAGCUGAACUUGAUGUUUGGCCCGGUGCAUUUCAUGCAUCCGAUCUUCUGGCGCCCACGGCAGUAAUAUCUGUUGCAACACGAGGGGACUAG